AGAACAGUUUGGGGUAAGAGAAUUCCCCGCCUCUCCUGGAAAGAAAAAGAAAAGCAAGACUUUAAUCGAGGAUGUUGAGAGCGAGAGAUGGUCGGCAGAUGCGAAUGUAGCAUCACCAUUUAUUUUGAGAGGCUUCACACACAUUGCUUUAAUGAGCUACAUAUGAAAUCAGCGGUAUUUGCGCACAUCAGAGAACCACUUUGGCUUUGAUAAGAAAAAUAUUCCUCUUGCUGGACAAACCUCUCCACACUUUCUUUUUAACCGAGCCUGCAGGAACGUGCACUUUUUCAUAGGACAUUUAAUGCGUAAUGGUGAUCUCCAGGGGACACUGAGUAGGCUAUCCAAGAACUCUUGAUAAUCCACACUUUUUCACUUAUAGUUAAAGAAAUGCAGGUCAUUUUGUGUGUUUCGGUUGUUUUUCUUUACUACAAAGCUGCUGUAGCGGAUAAACUCAAGUGUCCGGAGCGCUGCGAUGUGAGCAAGUGUCCGAGCCCGAGCUGUCCGAGCGGGUACGUGCCGGACCGCUGUGAUUGCUGCCUGGUGUGCGCGCAGGGGGAGGGCGAGCCGUGCGGCCGCAAGGACGAUCUGCCCUGCGGGGACGGGCUGGAGUGCAAGCACCCGUCCGGAAAGAGACUGUCCAAAGGCGUGUGCCAGUGCAGGUACAGCAGUAAAGUGUGCGGUAGCGACGGGAACACGUACGGCAACAUCUGCCAGCUGAAGGCUGUGAGCAGGAAGGCGCUGCAGCAGGGUCUGCCCGCGGUCACCAACGUGCACAAAGGACCGUGUGAAAACAAUCAAGUCACCCUCUAUUUGGUCGAACGGUCCCACUGUCAAGCGGUUCUGGAUUUGUGAUGUCAGAAACUGGGUUAAUCGUGACAAAUGCCCAUGUGGUGUCCAGCACAACAUCAGUCUCGGGUCAUCAGCGUCUCAAAGUUCAGAUGCGUGAUGGAGACGUGUAUGAAGCCACAAUCCAAGACAUUGACAAGAAGUCAGACAUUGCCACCAUCAAAAUCAACCCACAGAAAAAGUUGCCUGUGCUGCUGCUGGGUCAUUCUGCAGACCUGCGGCCGGGUGAGUUUGUGGUGGCUAUUGGCAGUCCAUUUGCUCUGCAGAACACAGUGACGACAGGAAUCGUCAGCACUGCACAGAGAGAUGGGAAAGAACUGGGCCUCCAGGACUCAGACAUGGACUACAUCCAGACUGACGCCAUCAUCAACUAUGGCAACUCAGGUGGACCACUGGUUAAUUUGGAUGGAGAGGUGAUAGGAAUCAACACACUGAAAGUAGCUGCAGGAAUCUCCUUUGCCAUUCCUUCAGACAGAAUCACACGCUUCUUAAACGAUUCACUGGGAAAGCAAAACAAAGAGACAAGAUCUGUGAAGAAGCGUUUCAUUGGAAUCCGAAUGCUUACCAUCACAGACGCUCUGGUGGAAGAGCUGAAGCAGCAGAAUCCUGAUUUCCCUGAUGUCAGCAGUGGGAUCUUCGUCCAUGAGGUGGUUCCCCACUCGCCUGCUCAGAAAGGGGGCAUCAGAGACGGUGACAUUAUUGUCAAAUUAAACGGAGAACCUCUGCUGAGCACCAGUGACCUGAAGGAGGCGCUAAACCAAGACAUGACCCUUUUGCUGGAGGUCCGACGAGGAAACGACGACCUGCUCUUUAAUAUCGAGCCUGACAUCAUCAUGCAGUGAUGUCAUCAUUUACAAGAAUGUGAACCACCAAACUUAAGACUGGGUUUUUGAUAUCAGUGAUGUGCUGUCGUGGCUAAGAGGAUGUUUAAUUCUUCUACAAAACACCAAGAACCCAUUUGACAAGCAGAAAGGAAUCUAACCUUGAGCUUUUUAUUUUUUCAAUUUCAGUCAUGUCAGGUCUGCCUAUAAGAGAUUUUAUAUGAACGGCAUUUCAUUUCUUUAAAGCAGAAAAAGAUUUACUUUAUGGCAAAUCUGAAAAGUACAGUACUGUAUUUUGUAGAAGACAACAAAGCUGGGGAUAUUUUUGAAGUUUCGUAGCAGAAAUAACAAGCAAUGCACAAUGAAAUGUUUAGCUUAGGAUGACAUUUCCAUUUAAGAAAUACUAUAACAAGAAAUAAAUCACUUCAAACACGAGAAAUACAUAGAAAACAACAUAAACUAUUUUGAUGUUGACGAUAGUUAUUUUAAUCUUUUAGCAAGUGAAUUCUCUUCUUGUUUUUUUAAAUGUCUCAAUUAUCAGUUGCCAAAAAUAUCUUCUUUUUUUGCUGAAACUUCAUUGUGGAACCAGUGGCAAGAAUCAAUUGCUGUGCAAGUUUUUUUUUUUUUUUUUUUGUAUAUAAUUUUUAUAUCACUUGUGUCUUCUCGAUGUCUUCUUUACAUGUAAUCUAUCAUCAGAUUGUCCAUGUUCAUGUUCCUGUUUGUCUAAAAUGUUUAAAGCAUAUCAUGUCUUGAUUAUCACGUCUACAAAUAUGCUCAUAUUGUUUGGUUCUCUUCAGCUGGAUCUAUGAAAGUUGGACCAAUGAAAUAAACUUUUCUCAGAAAAAAAAAAAAAAAAAA